AUGGUGUUCGAUACCGAGAAGAACACCAAGGGUUUGGAAGGAUCAACCUUCGAUGUGCUCCAGGUCGAUGCAUUCUACAAUACGCGUCCAUGGACGAUCCUAUCAUACAUGUGGGUAUGGAUUCUUCUCAUGCUAAAACUCGCCAUCUUGGGUGGUGAUACCUAUACGUGUAUCAGUCUUUUGGCAUUCAACCGAUGGUCUUCGCUGGAGUACACCGUGUAUGAAUAUAAGAUCGCCAAGUGGAUCUUCACGGGCUGUAUUCUUUUCCGUAUUGUGCUUCUUGUCUACCAAAUCUCCUGGGCUAUCCAUGUUUUCCGCACUCGCAAUAUUGCAUUGGCGUACUUGAACAACUAUGCUCGAAUGAUGUAUGCGAUCAGGAGUUACAAAUACCAAUGUCUCUUCCACCAAAUUGAUCUGGAAGGCUUUUUCGAAUGGGCCUGCUUUUUCGUGUACAGUCAGCUUGACGACGCGCUAGAAACAUUGGUCGCCGACUUGCCUAGACAAGUCAUCAACUUUAUGACACUACGCUUCUACGCGACGGGAGGAGACCGCAAUAAUGCUAUUCUCACCAAUAUCCAGGUUAUAGCCGAGACAAACGUGCGUUUGGCGGUGGUUUUGUCGAUCCAAUUGGCCUCAUUGGCCAUCUUUCUCUUCUUCUUCUUCCAGUUUGUCUUUGCCAUGAUCCUUUUCAUUCCUAUCAAGGUCAAGGUUUCGCACAAGGGUUUCCGUCUGUUAAAGGAUAUUUGCUACUUUUACGUCAAUAAUAACGUCCGUUACUUGGUGAAGAAGAACCACAAGUCGAAGAAGCAACUCGUGGCAGAAGGUAUCAUGGACUACGACGAAAUACGUCAAAACCCACUCUUGGCUUCGGAGUCUACUCUAGACUUCAACAAUUUGAGCAACCCCUUCGCCCGCACCUAUUCUGGACUCGACCUGUCCAAUGCCUCUUUCGCCAUGAGCGAUAUGUCUUCCAAGGGCGGAGAAAAGGACUAUCAAAGACUACCUCCUCCUCGAACUUACACCGCUUCAAGCUUGAGACAUGAGGUCUCUUCUCAAGCAGCAGAAGACAAUCCGUUCGUGGAUCCAUCCAAUCUCUCAUCUCGAAGGUCGGCUUCUGAUCUAACAGAAAUGCUGGCUUUUCCACCUGCAUCCGUUCGCCCGCCCCCACGAACUCAAACGAUGGAAAGUGUCGGUUCGUACCAGUACAACCGUACAUUUAGUGAAAAUUCUGUGUACAUGAACAACCAGCCUUCCAUGGAACGUCUAGUCAAUGACGAGGAAAGAGUACAUCCUCAUAGAACAGUAUCCGACGAUUUAGCAUCUAUACCCGCUAGCACGUAUUCUUCGCGUACUGCGGCUAGACGCCCUCCUCCUAUUCCUUUUGUUUCGGAGCUUGCGCCCAUGUCAAGGAGAGAAAGCCACGAUGAUCAUACACAGACCAGCACCCUGAUUGAUUCCGACAAGUCUGGAUCUGAUCUGGAAAAUGAUCAGGUAGGAUCACCAUAUCCGGUCACUGAGGAUAUUGCAGACACAACACCGUAUCCGGUACGUGGAGUGUCACAGUACUUUCCUCAAGGGUACACGGGGCGCCUGAGCCAAUCUUAA